CAGGCUGGGGAGCUGGACACUGAGGAGACAUGAAGCGCUGUGGGACAGACAUGGACUGGAUGUGGACACUUCUGACUCUGGUCCUGAGCCUCCAGCCCUGUCCCGGGGCCCCCUCCUCCUUCGACCCCCUCCCGGGCUCCGCGCCCUCCGCGCCGCUCCACAGACACAGAACCAGGAACUGGUGCGCGUUCGUGGUGCAGCGGAACGUGAGCUGCACCGUGCAGGGGCGCGUGGAGAGCUUCCAGGAGCCCGUGGUGGCCGCGUGCCCGCCCUACCAGCACGACUGUCUGCAGCAAGUGACAUACAAAACUCGGUUUCGACCCACGUACAAGACUGCCUACAAGACCGUGACAGAGCUGGAGUGGAGAUGCUGUCCUGGUUUCCAGGGACCGUCAUGUCAAAACCUCAAACCGUCUGCAGAUGGACAAACGGUGGCGGGAUCACAGCCCUUCCUUCCAUCGGGUCACGGAUAUACAACCAGACACAUUCAGAGGCCGGAGCGCAGAGAGACGGCACACCAUGAGACCAGACACGGCGGGACGGAUAAAGUGCAGCUUCUGGAAGGCGAAGUUCGGCGUCUCUCGCAGACGGUCCUGGAUCUCCAGUCGGCAUUGACGGGGUUGACGACCACCCUCCGCACAGAUCUGCAAGACGACACAAAGAACAUGCUGGUGACUCUUCUGAACAACAUGCGCCCCCCUGACGGGGCCACGGCGGCAGGAACAGAGGAUACUCCAGCAGUGCUAGACGGUCAUCAAGCAACCAGAGGAGGGAUUGCAGGAGAGAAGGCCCUGGAAAAGGUCAUCGCCCGGAUGGAUGAUAUCAGUAAUGCCUUGAAAAGCAAAGAUGAAGCUCUGGAGGACUUGAGGGGGAUUGCAACAAAUCACGAGGGGCAGAUCCGUGUCCUGAUGGACGCCUCUCAGGCUCAGACUCUGGCCGUUGCAGAUUUCGAGGCCAUGCAGAGUUACAUUGAUGGAAAAUUUGAGAAACUGAAGAAAGAGCUGGACCUGAAAGUGGAGGAGGAAGUGGCCAAAGUCCAGAGCUCAUGGAGAGACAAAAUCCAGGCGGUGCAGAAGACCUGUGAAGACAGCGAUGAUCAAGUUGUGCUCAGAAUGACCAAGGUACUGGAAACCAAAGAGGCUGAGCUGAGAAAGGAGAUCCGGGCACUGCGCUUGGACAUGGCUGCUUCAGACGGACCUGUUCGAACGCAGAGGCAGACAGAUCCGCCCCAAGAGGCCAAAGAGCACAGCGACCACAAGGACCUGUGGCGAGAGAUCGACCGCAUCGCAGAGGCUCACCGCAUCCUCAACGUCCGCAUAGACAAUGAGCUGGCUCACCUCUCCGCGCCUCAGGAAGCCAGCGACGUUGGAGUGUGGAUUGAGGAGUUGGAGGCUCGUAUAAAUAUCACAGAACAAAAUGCAGAAACACACUGUUUCUACAUCGAAGAGAAGCUGACUAAAACAAUUUCAGAGGAAGUGGCAAAACUUCAGAAACUUCUAGAAGGACGGUUGAAUGGCAUGGAGGAGCAGUUCACAAGCGUGCUGGCAGAAAUGAGCAACAGCUCCUUCCUGAGCAUGCUGGGAGACUCUGUGGAUGUCAGUAGCCAGAGUCUGGAGGACAAGGUCCGUGCUCUUGAAGAGAUGUGCUCCGUGGGAUGUUCAAAGUCUGGAAUUACUGCAGGUGGAGAAAGUUCAGCUCCCGCAACAUACGGGUCAGGAAACACUUUGAAGGACGUGAAGCAGCACCAGAGUGACUUGAACGUUCUGAGCACAGAUGUCAGGUUCAACACGGACAAGCUGAGGCAGCUGGACGAUCACGUCCAAAGAUUUGAGACACGUGUGAAGACAAUGGAGCAUUUUCAGAAAGGACUGAUCAAUCUCCAAGAGAAUGUGCUUGGUCUUGCUGGAACUGUGAGCUGGAUCAAUGGUUCCCUGAACAGAUACAGGCAGGACAUGCAUCAAAUUAGCUCAACAUGCUGCAGUGCAAACCAGGGCGGCUCUGAAAGCCACCGGCAGAACAGCUGGGCUUCAGGUGGAUCCACCAACCACCAGGUGGAGGAGCUGAAGUCGAGACUGGACAGCCUCAGUCGGCAGAUGUCCUCUGAGCUGCAGCGCUGCACACAGGGCACUCUGGGCGUGUCUGCCAUAGAUGGACGUGUAAGCAAACUGGAACAGGUGUGUGGAAGGUUAGAUAUGAUCUUGGGGAACAUCAGAGACCUGAAAGACGGACUGGAGAGGCACGUCAGCAGUCUGUGGCACUCUAUCGGUAGGAUGAACAACACCAGCAAGGCGAACGGCGCAGACCUGGCGAAUCUGCAGAACUCCCUACAGAGGCUUCAGACACAGCUGUCUGCCAUGGCCAGACAUGUCUUGAAGGACGUGGCUGCUAAAGAGCCAGGAAUGACCUUGAGACCAGAGAGGCCGGCCUCUGUGCCAGAUCCAGCUCAGACCAGGCCCAGAAUCCCACAAAUCCACAUCCCUUUCAUCAUCCCUCCCCGGCCGGCCAGCCCCAGGCAGCCGGCCAGCCCCGGCCUGCCCAACACGCACACGCCAGUCCAGCCUGGCAACCCCGCUCUGCCUGGCGUUCCCAUCAGGCCCGUGGUGGAGAAGGGCGAGGCCGGGCCCCCGGGGUACGUCCGCAGGGUGACGGUGCGCCGGGGCUCCGAGCACUCGUCCAGAGAGCCUUUGACGGGAUUUGCUGGAGCGCCAGCGCCUGCAGAAGUGAAGGGUGCCUGGACCGCCAUCCAUCACGCAGCAGGGGACUCUCCAGGUUCAGUGGACAGUCCAGAGCAGUACUCCUUCUCUGCCGGCCUCACACAGCAGCCGUUCACCGGGGACUUCGGCAUCAUUCGCUUUAACAGGAUCCUGCUGAACGACGGGGGGCACUACAGCCCCCACACAGGGACGUUCACUGUGCCGGUGGACGGCCGGUACCUGAUCUCCGGCGUGCUGACGGCCCGGCAGGGAGACCACGUGGACGCCGUGCUGUCCGUGUCCAACCGCAGCGUCCAGAGGCUGCGCAGCCCCGGGGGGCCGGCGGGGCCGCAGUGUGGCUGCGGGGACACCGUGUCCUUCAGCCUGGUCCUGCCCCUCAGGAAAGGAGAUCGGGUGGGACUGGUGCGGACCGGAGGACAGCUGGCCACCACCGAGGCCCGAGAGAUCCUGUCCACCUUCAGCGCCGUCCUGCUCUACGCCCCGCGGGCCAGCAGAUAGCCACCGGGACAGGAGGGACAAUGGACAAUGUGGCGUCCUCGCCACCAAACACUACCACCUGGACGGUCGUAAUAUAUUUGAUCUUUACUCAGAACUUUUGUCAAUGUUGUGUAAAAGUGUAAAUGAACUUCAGAGUAAUCCACCACUGUGCUUUAGACCAGACCUGGACCCCGAGGGACCCGCUGGAGGCCCCUGACCGGGUCCACAAACACCAAUAAAAGGAACGUGAGACUACAUAAUGUGUGCAGUAUUGCCUCAACUUUAUUCUGAAGAGAGUAGGCUUAUUUUGAAAUCCGUCUUCACUGUGCUGCAACACAAGAGAGAAAACAGAACUGCCGACGUCCUCCGACCUGCUGCUGAGCAGCCGCACGUCCACCUGUCCUCAUGUCCCCACAUCCACACGUCCUCAUGUCUUCAUGUCCCCACAUGCACACGUCCUCAUGUCCCAAUGUCCUCAUAUCCCAGCAUCAUAUCCUGUCUACAUGUCAAUUCCUCCACGUUUCCAGGUCGUCUGCAGUGG